AUGGAUUCUGAACCAGACUAUGAGGACCAACAGCCCUCCACCGGGCUAAGGAACAACAAUCUCCAACUCCCGCGGCUUCGCGCAAGCAGCCUUUCGCAGUAUACACAAAACUCGAAUGUUCCUUUAUCUAGUGAUCUUCGUGAGCCUAUCUCCUUCAAGCGCAAGCAAAAGCAGCGAUCUGGGCUUAGUCUUUCAGGCCUGUCCAACAUCUUUUCGAGGGACUCCGACAGAAACAUCAAUUUUGACCGUACAACAUCUCGAAAUGGACGAACAACAGAAAACGAUUCGCAGCCGGCUAGCGAAAGCUUUCAGGGGAAUGGACUAUAUAAUGCCCAAAAGGAGGGUGGGCUGUUAGAUUGGUAUGUCGAGGGUCCUGGGAGACGGGUUGGUUACGAUGAUUUUACGGCUAUCGAUUGGAUUUUUGAGUACACCAAAGAGCGUCAAAGGAAGCGGCUACUUUCAGCUAGUGGGCAGGGAAUGCUGGGAUACGCCCACAAACUUUACGAUGCGAGUAACGUUUGGUUGGUCCUGGUCGCUACAGGAAUAUUAGUUGGAAUUAUUGCUGCGUUCAUUGAUGUUGUCAGCGAUUGGCUCGGGGACAUUAAAGCAGGAUAUUGCAAGAAUGGCCCAGGAGGAGGCAAAUUUUAUUUAAACCGCAGCUUUUGUUGCUGGGGUCACGAACAAGACCCUUCAAAUUGCAUGGAUUGGGCUCCUUGGGGGAAGGCUGUCGGAGCUACUUCUGCUGGUGGGGCUUUUGCCGUCGAGUAUAUUUUUUAUAUACUCUACUCUGUGUUUUUUGCCGUUUGCGCUUGUGUGCUAGUCAGGAACUACGCCAUAUAUGCAAGGCACAGUGGAAUUCCCGAAAUUAAAACUGUCUUGGGUGGCUUUAUAAUAAGGCACUUCAUGGGGCCUUGGACCCUUGCAAUAAAGUCACUGGGCCUGUGUUUAUCCGUCGCAUCUGGUAUGUGGCUGGGCAAAGAAGGACCACUUGUUCACGUAGCAUGUUGCUGCGCCAGUGUCAUAAUGAAGGGCUUCGAUAGCCUUAACAGUAACGAAGCGAGGAAACGAGAGGUUCUCUCUGCGGCAGCUGCGGCAGGUAUUUCCGUUGCAUUCGGAGCACCUAUUGGCGGUGUACUGUUCAGCUUAGAGCAACUGUCGUACUAUUUUCCUGACAAGGCGAUGUGGCAAAGCUUUGUGUGUGCCAUGGUGGCAGCCGUCACCCUACAGGCCUUGAACCCCUUCCGCACAGGAAAUAUCGUUCUUUACGAGGUCAAAUAUACCAGAGGAUGGCAUCGUUUUGAAAUGAUUCCGUUCAUUAUCCUUGGUAUUGUGGGCGGUCUUUAUGGGGCAUUCCUCAUCCGGUUGAAUAUGAAGGUCGCGAAUUGGCGACGAACUCGGGGCUUCUCCCGCCCGAUCAUCGAAGUCGUGAUCGUAGCUCUUCUCAGCGCUUUGAUAAAUUACCCCAACAUCUUUAUGCGAGCGCAGAAUUCGGAGCUCGUUCAUUCUCUGUUCGCCGAGUGCAGCGCGGAGACUCCUGAUCCUUUUGGUCUAUGCAAAACUGGAGCAGCAUCAGCUAGUACGGUGGCGUUUUUGCUGGUCGCUGCGGUUCUUGGCUUUUUUCUUGCAACUAUGACAUUUGGUCUUGACAUUCCCGCUGGUAUCAUCCUCCCAUCUUUCGCCAUUGGAGCUCUAUAUGGGCGUGCUCUUGGCACAGCUUUCAAGAUAUGGCAAGACUCUUACCCCGGCUUCUUCCUAUUUGGUAACUGUGAGCCCGAUGUCCCUUGUGUGACUCCAGGGCUCUAUGCAAUUGUCGGUGCAGCUUCAGCCCUUGGCGGUGCCACAAGGAUGACCGUAUCCAUCGUUGCUAUCAUGUUUGAGCUUACAGGCGCACUGACCUAUGUCAUCCCGAUCAUGAUUGCAGUCAUGCUGUCCAAAUGGUGUGGAGAUAUAUUCGGGAAACGAGGCAUCUAUGAGUCAUGGAUACAUCUCAAUGAGUAUCCUUUCCUCGACCAUCGCGAAGAUACCACACCUCCCGAUGUGCCCGCUCAUACAGUUAUGACGAAGGCAGAUGAUAUGACAGUCCUUACAGCCAUCGGCCAUACAAUCGAGUCGCUGCGAAAUCUUCUCAAGGAAACCUCAUAUCGAGGAUUUCCGGUCGUUACAGAGGCCUCCAACCCCGUUCUUCUUGGGUACAUCUCACGCAAUGAGCUCUCCUUCGCCUUAAAGAACCCAACAUCUCCAUCUGGAGGUGCGCUCCCCAGUACCACCCAGGCGUUCUUCGCGCAUCAGCCCUUCGCGGAUCCAAUGGAUACCCUCGACCUUCGGCCUUGGAUGGAUCAAACCCCUAUUACACUCAAUAGUGGGACGACCUUUCUCAUCGUGCUACGGAUGUUUCAAAGACUCGGACUCCGUUACGUCCUAUUUGUGAAUAGAGGUAUUCUGCAGGGGCUUCUCACGAAGAAGGACGUUUGGUCUGUUCUUAACAAUCCUACAUCCCAUCGGGGCGAGUGGACAAGUGACGGUCCCGGUGGUGAAGACGACGCGGGUGAAGAUGUUGGGCUGCUUGCAAACGACCAGGAAUCCAAUAACGUCCCUCCACUUACUCCUUUGGAUCGGCGACCGUCUCUUUAA